UGACUUUUGGGAUGAUAAACCCACAUAUGUACUACUUAAACAAAGUUAUGUCAUCUCUAUUUUUGGAUACUUCUGUGCCUGGUGAAGAAAGAACCAACUUUAAGUCUAUUCGCAGCAUAACUGAUUUUUGGAAGUUUAUGGAAGGACCCUUUUUGGAAGGUCUGUACUGGGACUCAUGGUACAAUAACCAGCAGCUAUAUAAUUUAAAAAAUAGCAGUCGCAUCUACUAUGAGAACAUACUUCUAGGAGUCCCCAGAGUCCGUCAACUAAAAGUCCGCAACAACACAUGCAAAGUCUAUUCAUCCUUUCAGUCUUUGAUGAAUGAAUGUUAUGGCAAAUACACAUCUACAAAUGAGGAUACGUCUGACUUUGCCCUUACACAGGAUACUGAAUGGAAGUACUCUGCUUCUAAUACAAACUCCCCUUGGCACUGGGGAUUUGUUGGUGUUUACCGAAAUGGGGGAUAUAUUUUCACUUUAUCAAAAUCAAAACUUGAAACCAAAAACAAGUUCAUUGACCUUCGACUGAACAGUUGGAUCACAAGAGGGACAAGAGUUAUUUUUAUUGAUUUUUCCUUAUACAAUGCUAAUGUAAAUCUGUUUUGUAUCAUCAGAUUGGUGGCAGAAUUCCCUGCAACUGGAGGAAUACUUACUUCAUGGCAAUUUUACUCUGUGAAGCUCCUCAGAUACGUUAGCUACUAUGAUUAUUUUAUUGCUUCCUGUGAAAUCACAUUUUGUAUUUUUCUUUUUGUCUUCACAACACAAGAAAUUAAAAAGAUAAAAGAUUUUAAGUUUGCCUAUUUCAGAAUUAUUUGGAACUGGCUAGAAUUACUACUUUUGCUGUUGUGUUUUGUAGCUGUUUGCUUCAACGUAUACUGUAAUAUACAAAUUGUUCUCUUACUUGGACAGCUGCUGAAAAGUACUGAAAAAUAUUCAGACUUCUAUUUUCUUGCAUACUGGCACAUUUAUUACAACAAUAUAAUUGCUAUCACUAUCUUCUUUGCAUGGAUAAAGAUAUUCAAAUUCAUAAGCUUUAAUAAAACAAUGUCUCAGCUGUCAUCAACUUUGUCCCGAUGUAUCAAAGACAUAGUAGGAUUUGCCAUCAUGUUUUUUAUAAUAUUCUUUGCUUAUGCCCAGUUAGGAUUUCUUGUUUUUGGAUCACAGGUUGACGACUUUUCCACUUUUCAAAAUGCCAUAUUUGCACAAUUUCGAAUUGUUCUUGGAGAUUUUAAUUUUGCUGGGAUUCAGCAAGCCAAUUGGAUCUUGGGACCUAUUUACUUCAUCACUUUCAUCUUUUUUGUGUUCUUUGUCCUGCUGAAUAUGUUCUUGGCAAUAAUUAAUGACACUUAUUCUGAAGUGAAAGCUGAUUAUUCAAUAGGCAGAAGACCAGAUUUUCAACUUGGUAAAAUGAUUAAAAAGAGUUAUACAAAUGUUCUUGAGAAACUCAGACUGAAGAAACCUGAAAAAGAUGAAGACAAAAUAAGCAAAAGCAGCAGAGAUUUGGCUGAACAAGCUAGAAGAGAAGGCUUUGAUGAAAAUGAGAUUCAAAGGGCAGAGAAGAUGAAAAAAUGGAAAGAUAGGCUUGAGAAAAAGUAUUAUUCUACAGAAAUUGAAGAAGACUACCAAGACUACCAGGCUGUCACUCAACAAGAAUUCCGAGAACUCUUUUUGUAUGCUGUGGAGCUGGAAAAAGAAUUACAUUACAUCAAUUUGAAAUUAAACCGAGUGAUGAGAAAACUUUCAGCUCUACAAUACUGAGAAGAGAAGGUAAGAAUCUGUGAUAUAAUCAUUGAUCAUUUCUAACAAAGACUUACUUAUUCAUGUAUCAUUUCUUAAACUUGUAUCCAUUUCAGGCACACUUUAAAAGCACUCAACUACCUAUCAAACUACCCUCACUUAUACAUGUAGUAAUCAUACAAUUUCCAGGAAUUAAGUGUCCCUAAUUAUACAAUGAGACCCACUGUACAAUCCACGUGUAUUACAAUACUCCUCCAAUAUACAUACACUGGCUUACACACAAAAGAUUUUAGAAUGAUUUUAUUAUUAAAUUUUAGGAAUGUGAAGGAAAGUAUAAAAUAAUGCUUAUGGGGCAGGUCUCUUAACAGUUCAACAGGGUAAGCAAGAAAAUUUUCUUACGGCUAUGGAGUAUAAGAGUUAGAGUUUUCAAGUGCCUCAUGUACCACGUUCUGAUUUCCUUUGGCCCAAGUAAAAUAAUUUCCCUCCAUUCUUAACAAUGUGAAGUCUCCUGAAAAAGUCAAAAUGUGGAACCAACUCCCCAACUACCUACAGAAAUUUUGCAAUUAUCUUCAAACUUGAAAUUCACCUAGGCAAUCUGAAGUUACUUCCCAUGAAUAAAAUAAAGAGCAGGUAGGUGUAUUAGCUUCACAACAAGUUAUGUCUGGAAAGUCUAAGAGCCCUGUUGGGAUGGUUGGGAAGUCUUAAAACUUGAAGAGAAAAUCCUCUAAUUUUUCUAGGCUACACAGACCCCCUAGAACAGCCAUAUAUCCUCUUAGCCCAAGCACCAUCACUUGACUAUAGCAUAAAACUUCCACACUGGUGCUCAACAGUCCCUGGAUUUUAAAAUUUGAAUAAAAAUAAAAAUAUUCAAAUUCAGACCAAGCUAUUCUCUUAAAAGACUGUACAUCACAUCUUCUUAAUAGAGAAUUCACUACAACAAGAAAUGCUAACUAUUCUUUCUGUAGCUUCUACUUUGAAAUCCACAAAAGAAUCAACAACAUGCCUGCUCCCUACCUUACCACGUCCCACAGCUAUAACCAGCCAA